AUGCGUGGCCUCGAACCGGUCCAUUCGCCACGGCCUUGGUGCUUCGCCCCGGAGCGUUCCGAGCGGCCCAGCUUGUUGAAGGUGGCGCGCGUGGAUCGCUCGCCCGGGUGUUUCGUGGCCGUGGACCGCCGGAAGGCGGCUUCGUCUUCCGCCGUUUCGAUCGCCGUGGCCGUUGACCUCGGCCCAAAUCGCUCACCUGCAAGCGCCGCAUUCCCACGCAGCUUCAGCGCCGUGCCGCCGUGCCGAUGGCUCAUGGCUCAAGGCGGGACCGGCAGGCAAACAUGGGAUGAGAUGAAGUUGCCGAGGUUGAAGCGUGCCAAUGAGACCAGUGGCUUUAGGCUCUCUGUCCGCGUGGUUGCAGCAUCUGCGCCAGCGCCGGAUGCCCCGAUCCCGGCGCCUCCGCCCCUGGACAUGGCGCCCACAGGGCUUCCGCGUCCUCCCAUGGUCAACACCGGCCCGGUACCACCUGCUCCGGGUGGCCUCCCGCCUCCGAACAUGGGAUUGCCCACACAGCCUCCGAACAUGGGUUUGCCCAUGCCACCACCUCCAGGUGGCAUGCCGCCAGGUGUCCCACCCGUCCCGGUUCCUCAGAUGCCCGGGCUGCCGCUGAUCCUGCCGGGCAUGCCAAACAUACCAGGGAUGACGGGAAUGCCCUCGAUGCCAGGGGUACCGCCCGGGCUGCCACCGAUUCCAGGGUUGCUGCCGGGGCUUGGGCAUUUGCCGCCGUUGGUAUUGGUGAGACCGCCUGGGCCUGAUAAGCCCAUAGAAAAGCGUAAAGAUCCACCGCGGCGGAAAGACGUAUGGCCAGUCUUUGUGGGUAACAUCUCCUUCGACACCACGGAAGAGGAGGUGCGAGAGCUCUUCGGUGAGAUCGAAGGCAUGGUCUCAUGGAGGCUGUCGGUGCAGAAGGAUGGCGUGAGCCGUGGCUUUGGCUUCGCCGAGUUCAAGACCCCUGAAGGUGCUUUAGAAGCAAUCAAGAAGGUCGAUGGCAUCGAGAUCAAGGCCCGCAAGCUGCGGCUCCGCUGGGGCGAAAACGCGCCAACCACACCGGAGGUGGACGAGUUUCACCGCGCGCCCGAGCGCUUCAAGACGAGGCCUUGUUAUGAGGUCUUCAAGAAUAUGACGUGCCCGCGGGGGGACGACUGCCCCUACGCGCAUGCGCAAUCCGAGAUCCGACAUCCCCGGAGUGAAGAGGAGAAAGAGAAGGUGGUGGAUCCUAAAGACCUGGUGGUGAGAGUCUUCGUGCCCUUCGACAAGUUCGAGGGAGAGACUGAUGAGGAGAAGCGGAAGAAAGCCUGGCUGGCGAUUCUGGGCCCUGGGGCCUCUCAUGUACGGGGCAUCAUGAAGAAGGCCAGUUGUCGGCUCUUGCUCCGUGGCGUGGGUGCUCCUGGGUCCAAGGAGACGGAGCAACUGCACUUGAUCGUGAAGCCCAAGGCGGGCGAAGGCGAGACCGUGACGCAAGAGCAGACCGAAGCUGGGCAGACCGAAGAAGAGCAGUUGCUCAAAUAUAGACGUUCAUUUGCAGGGGGGUUGGUUGGCAACACGUUUUAUGCCUGUUUUUUCUCAAGUAAGGUCCUAGUAUAG